AUGGUGUCCCGCAGGAGGAUACUAUCGAGGUCGCGCGACGACCUCCAUAUGGACGGCCGGGCGCCAGAGGACGAGGAGGACGUGUGGUACCAGAGGGACAAGCUCUACAGGGACCACAUACAGGAGGUGCUCAACAAAUGGACGCAAAUCGACGACGAGAUAUGGGCGAAGGUGAUCGUGCUGGAGAGGAACAGGCGGGUGGCGAAGGCCUACGCCCGGGCCCCCGUGCUCACGGUCAACGACUCCGACGACGGGUUCGACGGGUUCCGGAUCGGGCUGUUGGGGUUCGAGAACCCCAUGAGGGAUCCGAAGACCGAGGAGUUCAAGCGGCACAUCGGGCACGGCGUUAAAAUUAAAAUGGACGAUGGAGGCAACAUCCUCAUCAAGCGCGUAUCCAAAUGCAACGUCUACAUCAAAAACACCGCCCUCGACGACGAGAACGCCAUCGGCAACGAAGUCCUCAAGCUCCCGCACGCCGCCCUCGAACCGGACAAGCCCGUCAAGCUCUUCGACAUGAAGAAAUUCCAAUCGAACGUCAACAGAGAGCUGCGGCGCGCCUACCCGGACCGCCGCCGGCUCGAGUGCCAAUGCCUCAGCGCCAUCGCCUUCGUCAAGCUCGAGCCGGAGCUGCUCGACUGCCCCAUCUGGGUGCUCAUCAUCAACAUCGUCGCGCUCGACAUGCUCAAGUCGAAGCUGCCGCCCGUCCAGCGCGCCGUCGACAUCAAAAACCGCCCCAAGAUCCCCGUGCCCGACGAGGACCCCUACAGCGUCGCCACCACCGACAGCGGCCACUUCGGCAACUACGCGGUGAGCGUGGCCGCCACCAGGGAGCACCUGCUGAUGCAGAGCCAACGCCGCAACGAGAAACCGCCUAAAUUGCCGCCGCGCGAGGGUAAUUUGUACCCGCACGAGAUCCCCCAGCCGGACUACGACGAUUACAUGUCGGGCAGGCAACUGAAGGUCUACGGCUACACGAACAAAGACAAAGAGAGACCGGGCGACGGGCAAAAGCGCGACGAGGACCCGUACUAUUACAGAUCGCGACCGGCUGUCGAUUCGUUGGCGCAGCGGCGGGGCGACAAGCCGCCCAAAUUGCCGCCGAGGGAGCGGGCGAGCGGCUGCGACAUCCCGUCGCCCGACUACGACGAUCGCUCGACGACCAGGAAUUGGCUGAAGCCGUUCGUGUCGUCGCGUCACAAGGGCAAGGCGAAGGGCGCCAACGAGGAGAAGCAGUACGAGGACCCGUACUAUUGCGGGCUGAGGGCGCGCGUGCCGAAUUUCGUGGCGAAAUUGAAGGGCGGCGAGCCGUCGAAGCGGUUCGGCGUCAGUCAGGGAUCGUUGUUGUCGAAGUGA